AUGGGGCGUGUAGUGAUUUUGAUUCUAUUCAUAGGGGUGGUUACGGCUAAUCCUACGCCCAAAUAUGAGGAUACCUACUGGAAUGAUCUUCUUAAAAUCGGUUCAGAUGUUGAUAUAAAAACCAAUAUCGUGGAAACUGGAAGAAGUGCCAGCGGUGGAAUCGAAGAAAACAUCGAACGUUACAUAAAAAAUCACGAGGUUACCUUCGAUUUUCCUGUGAUCGGAUCGAAAGUUACUUUAGAAGGUAAAAACCUGGACAACGAUGAAAUCGACAUCAAAUUUAAAUUCGGAAGCGAUGUUCAAGGUCGCAAAAAGAAAUCCAAGCUGAAGAAAAUGUUCGUUCCCAUUCUCGUUUUCAUUGUGAUCAAAGCCAUGACGCUGAUUCCUUUGGCCUUAGGAAUCCUGGGAAUUAAAGCUUGGAACGCCACCCAAUUGUCGUUCGUGUCGUUCGUAUCGGCUUUAGCUAUGGCCAUUUGGAAGCUCUGCACGAAGGUCACGCACGAACCUCCGCAAAUCAUCCACCAAACGUACGAUCCCCAUUUGCACCACUUCCACGACCGGCAAGAUGGCGGAGCGCAACAGGCCCAACAGGCUCAGCAGAUGGCUUAUUCCGGAUACGCUCCGCAAUGA